GAGGCAAGGCACACAUGUCGGCAGCCAGCAGGGCUGGCCAGCGCAGGCGCAUGGCUGGGCGAAGAAUAAAAAAAGUCGUGCAUUCCUCGGCCGACGCGUACGUGCGUUGUGCAUUCCUGCCAGCGGCGCGGCCAUUGCCCACGCCCAAGGCUCAGCUCGGAUGCGCGCGCUACCCCAAAUAUUGAAGUCCGUCGGUCCGGCGGCGACCCCACGCGUGAGGCUGUGGGCAAACCGUGCGCGUGCGGCACCCGCACUACGGAUCGGCGCCGGCGCCGGCACCGCGCGCCACCUGUAUAUUCCCACCUUCCGUCCCCGCGUGGGCCCCACCUCCACCGCACCACCAUCCCGCCGCCCCCUGUCGCCGGUUUUCGCGGCAUCCUCCCUAGACCGAGAGUUCGGACAAACAGCACGCAGAAACCAAGAAGUGGCAAAGGUCGCAAAUCACAUCGACCGAUCCAUCCAUGGCGCCGAAGAGGUCAACGUCGCCAGCAGGAAGCAGCGGGCGCGCGUCGGCGGAGCACCCGAGGCUGCGUGGGGUGCGGAAGCGGCCGUGGGGACGGUACGCGGCGGAGAUCAGGGACCCCGUGAGGAAGGCGCGCGUGUGGCCGGGCACCUUCGACACGCCCGAGCAGACCGCGCGAGCGUACGACAUCGCCGCGAGGAAGCUCCGCGGGCCACGCGCCACCACCAACUACCCCGCCGCGGCGCCGGCGACGGGCGCGAGCGGCAGCGUCUUGGUGACGGAGUCGUACAAGUGACCAAUGAGUUGCAAGCUGCGUAUCGCAAAUCUGCAAUGCAAGCGAGAAGAAAUCAUGCUACAGCGGUACCGCGUUCUCUAGUUAAUUGGUGCAAUUUGCGCCGAGCAGCGUCAUUACGCGUUUAAUCGGUUUCAGAAUUGGAAUUUGUACGUUACGGGGACAACCACACGAUCCACACCGCGCCACGACGUGCUAGUAGAAUAAACGGAGGAAACCGCGUGCGGCGCCCGAGGCGGAUCACGUUCGGCGGGCCGCGUGCCCGACGGCUAGCGCUGGCAGCGAUUGCGAGCCAAGUGUCGGCGUGGAGGGCCGGCACCCCACGCGGUCGGCACGAACGAGCGACACGACGUCCAGACCGGUCCGUGAAUGAGAAAAGAAAAAUCGAUGCGAAGAGGCUUGGUUCGAGUCGGGUUUGGGCUGACGAGAAAGGGGUACAUUGGGCUGUCAAAUUUUUUUGAGAGCUACUCGA